UAGCCGGGGAUGUGGUUUUUGAGGUGGGAGACGAUGGAGCUUUUGGUGUGAAUUUCACUAUAACCGAAGUAGUGGCCCAGGCUCGUCAGAUGCGGCUGAUGUCCUGGUGUACAUUGGUGGUUGUCUUCAGCGACAACCCAACCUUUCUGUCUGUUUUCGCGGAGAUGGCUGAUGAAGGUCGGCUGAUGGUGUGGGAAACAAGACUCUUAGUAAUCACCAGGAUUCCUUUGUCGAACCUUCAGGACCUGUUGCAGAACUACUGGACCUUCUCCAUGAUGAACACAAUGUUCCUUAAACUCAACACAUCAUCGGGAGAAAACCACUGCCAAAUAUACGUGCAUAUGCCAUACAGUCCUGCAGGAUCCCAGGUAGUGCAAUUAGCAAGUUUGAAGUCUGGUCACACUUUGGUGAAUAUUAAAGAGAGGACACUUUUCCCUGAAAAAUUCAACAAUUUUUAUGGUAUGAAGAUAAACCUAACCUGGGUACCUACGAGACCAUACUGGAAUCCGGUAAAACAGCCAGGACCAAACGGCACUGAAGUGAUGUCAUUUACAGGGAGAGAAUACCUGCUCAUGCAGAGCUUUGCAAUGAUCUUCAACUUUACGUUGAACCCUCUCCCUUGGGAGGGAUGGCCACCAGUAAUGAGGCGCUUAAGGACUCGUGAAGCUUUCCUUUGGCCUGCUAACCUGCCAAUAUUACCACACAUGUUGAAGCAGUAUGACUUCAGUAUUUUUCUGGAGCGAUCCACUUUGGGUUUCACGAUGGCUAAGCCAUCCAUCAAACCCAGUUGGCAGAGCCUUUACCAUCCUCUCCGGAUCGAGGUCUGGAUCCUCAUUCUGCCUACAGUUAUUAUGGUGUAUAUUGCCCUCAUGGUGAUGAAUCAGACUGGCAGAGAAAAGGGACCUGAUGCAUGGAUAGUAAUGAAGCAGGUACUCGGGACACUGCUAGACGAAGCCAUCCCUGGAGAGCUGCCACUACGAAGUACCACUAGAGUGGUGCUGACGGCAUGGCUCCUCUUCUCCUUCAUAGUAGGAACAGUUUAUCGCAGUAAUCUCACCGCAUCUCUUACCAUACCAAAGUAUCCUCCCCGCAUCGAGACUUUCUCUGGACUCGUUGAAGCAGAAACUAAAAUUUUGGUCGUGGAGUACAUGGAUAUGUUUUACAACAACUUCAGGCAAUCAACAUCGGAGGUGCUAAGAACAAUUGCUGCCAGAAUGGAGAUUGUUCCGAAUGAAGUAAUUGGAAUAUCAAGAUGUCUUACUGAGAACGCAGCCUACCUUUUUGAACGACUUUUUAUGGAAGUGAAGAUCGAUGAACAUUUUACUGAUCUUGAUGAGACAACACCUUUCUACGUCACGCAAGGCAGUUUACUGGCAGAUUUAUCCGCAUUUUUGAUGAUCCGAGAUGCUCCCUUCAAACCAAAUUUUGACUACGUGUUAAUCACAUUUCAUGGUGCCGGAAUCAUACAAAAGCUGCACUCGGAUUCUGUGGGUUUAAUUCGGAGGCAAAAUCGGGAGAAACGGAGAAGAGAAAAAACUACUGUUAUUAAGAAACCAGAGGAAAAAAUCAAAGCUCUCACCCUGGUGCACAUGCAGGGGCCAUUCUUACUUUACCUGGUAUGCACCAUCGUCUCUCUGGUUUCUUUCUGCAGUGAAGUAUCUCGUGACGUUUAUCUUCGCAGUCCACGAAAACAUUAGCAUGGCUCUUUACCUUCAUUCCACUUCUACUGAGCUCCACUUCUACUGACCACAUGGUAUGGGUUCAAUGUUUCCAUUUCAAGCAGCAAGAGAUGUCUAUGUUGGUGUUAAUUAUCAAAAACGAAAGUUGUGUAUAGCUAUCAUCACAGAUUUCGAUUAUAUAAAUGUAAUAAAUAGCAAUGUAAAUUGAAUACAUAUAUAUCCUUUUUGAAAUAGGAUGGUUGUCUGGACUUAGCAGACUGUACACAUAUAUAUUUUUCAAGGAACCAUACAACUUCUUUGCCUCUCCAUGAAUAUGCUAAGUUCUAAAUAAAAGAAAAAUAAAUAAGUCUCUUGAUACAUAUCCUUGGAGGAUCCUGAAUCAUACAAAGAUGAACAAGCGAAAAAAGGACAGUGUGUUCUAGAGUUUAUCAAUGAAAAGAAUUGAGGAAUAUUUAUUAACUCUUGUAUCAGAAUUGCAACAGAAGUAAAAUGUCUUGUGCAGGUGAGAAAAAGUCGUCCAGCUACCCGGUUCAGAUUUGUGAUAGUGAUGGAAACUUAAUUCAUGCGGUUAAAUAAAGAAAAUUACGAAAGAAUAAAUAGCUUUUGACUGACCUGUUUAGAAGUAGUGUGAUAAUGGAGCUU